AUGGAUGGCAAAGAGACGAUGCGGCCCGUUCAAGAAGAGGACCCCACGACGAGCAGUCAGGCCUCAAAACGAGGUCAUGGCCCAAAUCCGGGGCGAGGUCGCUCGCUGACGGAAAGCUCUGGAUUGAGUGCCCCGGAUUCGGAGUUCGGCGUGUCCGAGAGGCAGCUGAACGAGGCCUUUCGAGCUCGGGAGCUCUGGCUCUGA